GCGCUCCGGGGCAAAGGGGAGGCGACGGGAGAGCUGAUAGAGGUGGGCGAGCGAAGGCGGAGGGGGCGGGAUUCCCGGAGGCGCCGGCGGCACCGUGGGGACUCCCUCCCUCCGACCCCCCUCAGCGCCGGACACAGCUGGGCAGCGGAGUGAAGGCGCGUCCGGACUAGCCGAUCUGUCAUCACUUCUUGCCGGAGAAAAUAAGAACCUUUCUCGAGAAGACCCCUGGUCUCAUGAACGAAUCAACGGAUCUCGGGAAUGGCAGCAUUCUGGAGCCAGCUCUACGGCUCAGGAAGGGACACAUGCCCAAUCCUGCUGGGCAGGAAAGCUUUGAUAGUGACCAAUCCAGUGAGCAGAGGCCCCUCUUAGUGGAGCCAUCUGAAUCUUCUGAACUGGAAAAGAGUUCUGAUCAUGUUGGCAGCGAUGAUGCAGCUCAUGAGGAUGAAGGAUUUAUGGGGAUGCUGCCUCUCCAAGCUCACCAUGCCAUGGAGAGGAUGGAAGAGUUUGUAUGUAAGGUGUGGGAGGGCAGAUGGCGUGUCAUCCCCUUUGACGUUUUGCCCGACUGGCUGAAGGACAAUGAUUACCUGUUGCAUGGGCACCGCCCACCCAUGCCCUCUUUCCGGGCUUGCUUCAAAAGCAUUUUCAGAAUACAUACAGAGACCGGCAAUAUCUGGACACACCUACUAGGUUGUGUGUUCUUUCUGUGUCUGGGCAUCUUUUACAUGUUCCGGCCAAACAUGUCCUUUGUAGCACCUGUACAAGAGAAGGUAGUGGUUGGAGUGUUCUUCUUGGGAGCCAUUCUCUGCCUCUCCUUCUCAUGGCUCUUCCACACAGUUUACUGCCAUUCAGAAGGUGUCUCAAGACUAUUCUCCAAACUGGACUACUCUGGCAUCGCCCUCCUCAUUAUGGGCAGUUUUGUCCCAUGGCUCUACUACUCCUUCUAUUGCAACCCUCAGCCCUGCUUCAUCUACUUGAUUGUCAUCUGUGUCCUGGGCAUCACAGCCAUUAUAGUUUCCCAAUGGGACAGGUUUGCAACCCCCCAGUAUCGAGGAGUACGAGCAGGAGUGUUUCUGGCUCUGGGCCUUAGUGGGGUUAUCCCCACCCUGCACUUUGUCAUCACGGAAGGGCUCCUCAAGGCUGCCACAAUGGGGCAGAUAGGCUGGCUGGCUCUCAUGGCUUGCCUGUAUAUCACUGGCGCUGCACUGUAUGCUGCUCGCAUCCCGGAGAGGUUCUUCCCGGGCAAGUGUGACAUCUGGUUCCACUCCCACCAGCUGUUUCAUAUAUUUGUAGUGGCUGGUGCAUUUGCACACUUCCAUGGAGUUUCAAACCUUCAGGAGUUCCGCUUCACAGUCGGCGGAGGCUGCUCAGAGGACGAGAUGCAGUAAAACUGACCGCUUGUCCAGGAUCGUAACCAAAAAAGCCAGAACCAUUGGAGCAGCCAGUCUACACCUGACCCAGGAUGGUGUGGAAGCUUCGCAGGGGUUCUAACUAAAACUUGGAAGAGUAAUUCAUACCUCAAGCAUUGGAGUGAAUUGAUUCUGAAGACCUGGAAGUUCUUAAACCCUAAUUUAUUCCUGGGGUCUACAGACUAAGCUACAGAACGCCCUUUCUUAAUCAGCUUCUGUUCAAUGCCAUAUUUAUUUGUAGAAAAACAAGAGGGGUUGGUCAUGGGGAGAUGGCUUAGCAAUUUUUCUUUUCUUUUUUAAAAUCUAGCUUGAUUAAGAUUUGUAUCUUGUUCAGGUAAGUUGAUUUUUAGAUGCUCUUUUGGGAGGAAAAAUGUAAAUAAGAUUUCUAACAUUCUGUUUAAUUGAAAAGUUUAUAUAAAUGUUUUAAAAUUGUGUGGGAGGGGAGGGGUUUUUGUAUAGAUUGCAACAUGCAAGUACCACACACUGUUUCAAGUUUGCACGAACCCUUUUAAGUGCAAGAGGGCCAGGUGAAACCCCUGCAGCAUCUGGGUUCUACAGAUUCUUCCUAAUGUUUGGGGAUAUACUGGACAGCUAGACCCAGCAGGCUCAGUCUACACACAAGGGUUCAGGGUAAGCAAGUGUGGGCAGCCUUAAAUCAGGCUGAUGCUUGGGCCCCUGUAUGUUCAGAAGGCAAAGGCAGGAGACAUUGUGCAGCUGAGCUCUGCUCCCUUGGCAGGGAGUGCCUUCUACGAUCUCUGCCAUUUUGUGGAUAGUCUUUAGGUGGUCUUUCUUUCCACCAGCUUUUUGCUGUGUUGGGAUUUGAUGGCUUAAGGCACAAUACGGUAUGUAUCUCGACCUCUUUGGCGGUGGGGGUCUCUUGUCAGUGUUUCACCAUUCAGUUGGGCCUGCUAUCCUUUUUUUAUCCAAGUGCAAUUGUUAGUGUCAGGCAUCUGCCUUCUAGUUGAGAGACAGUAGGAUAAGAUGGUCUGCAGGGACUGAGGAGGAACAUGUGAAAAAACAGCCUAGACUAGCUGUUAAUUCAUUCUAGAUUAUAUUGUGUGCUGCUGAACUACAGUAGCACUAAGGUUGCCCGGUAUUAAAUUCCACCAAGCUCCACUUGGCUGCAUUGUAACACUGCCGGUCCUUCUUGCUUCAUUCUGGUAUAUAAGACAACGCUGCGCACUGGGCUUUUUUCUUUCUGUAAAAAUAAGAACAGCUUGCAGAAUCUGCUUGGAUAUUACAUUUUUGCCUCUCCUCAAAGGAGUGCUUGGUACCCAAGAGAAGCUUGUUGUCUCUCUAAACACUUCCCCAGAUAGCUUAACUGCUUGUGGGGUAGCUGUACAUUCUGAGAAGGGCAAAUUAUCACUAAGCAGAACACUCAGUUGGGCAAGAAGUGUAGUUGCUGUUUUUCUCAUGCUAGGCUGGUGAGGCAUGUCAGAGCUGGAGAGAAAUGUUUUGACACAGUGUAGAAUUUGUGUUGUUGAAUACUCACAGUGGGGGCAGUUCCUUUGGCUCAUAGUAUAAUUAACAACAAGUGUUGGGAGACGAUAGAAUUUGUCACAUUUUAAACUGCUUUUUUGAUUAUUAGAAGGAGGUUGGUCUUUCUGUCUUUUCUCUCUUCCGCCCUCAAAACAGAACCUUAGUGUUUAGACCUACAAGAGGUGCUUAACGGGUGCUUGUAGGCAACUUCAGAUGUGUAUAUCCUGGGUAGGAUCCUGAUGUGCUGAAUGCAGAUAGGCCAGAAUGGCACCCUAACGCUUCUGAUUGUUCAAUCCCAUACUAAAAAACAGAACAGUAUUAAUUGAACCCUUUUAAUGGAACAGGAAGGCCAGUGAUGAUUUAACCUUCCCAGUGGUAAAUGUAGCCAUCUGGAAGAAGGAUGGCUUGCCUGAUGGGGAAAGUGCUAAUACAUAUCAGACUCCGCUCUACCUAUCUGAAAAGAACUUUUUUUGAGAGAGGGGUGGUAGGCUGCUUCUGUAUUAGCAGCAGAAAUAGCACCUCCCCAUUCUAGAUCAUCCCAUGCUCACUCCCAGAAAGGGUUUCUCACAACCUGGUCCUACAGCACACAACCUGUACAAAAAAAACACCCUCCACUUCUACCCCUUUGGUCUCUGUUUAGGACAUUUUUUUGUGUCCCAAUAAGAAAAACUGCUUAGCUGUGCACUUUUCCGUGGUGCUUGCUGAGACUUCUUCCCAGGUUGGCACCUGAAUGCCUUACUCUCAGCAAUCAGAGGUUCGCUUGCUUUCUUUGUGUGUGCAGGUUUUCAGUGUAGUAUAGUUCAGAGUUACAGCUUUCUUUUCCCAUUAACUAGUGGCCUUGUUCAGUAUUUUCUUUUUUAAAAAAUUGCUUACUGUUGGAGGCGACAAAGCACAUCUUGGACUUUGAAGAUUGGGGUCUCCGGGCAAUGGGAUCUCAUUACUUGUUGUAUUCUUAACUUCUAAUAAAAAGAGCAAAUGCAAUGAAG